AUGAAUACAGAGACUCCAAAUAAUACCUCUAAUUCGAAAGAUUCAAUUGUUGAACAAUUAUUAGCUCUGUUUCCUGAUGCUGACCCCGGAUACUUGCGUAACUGUAUUGAAUUUUACCAGGACAACCACGUUGAACGGAUCAGUGAAAAAAUAUGCAACCAAAAUAUGGGUCAUUAUCCAAUAAAGCCGGACAAUUGUAGUAGUGCUAAUUGUACAAAAGCAAAAAACAUUUAUCUUAAACAAUUAAAUGAUUUAUUUCCUGAAUGUGAUGUUGGUUUCCUUCGCGAAAAAUUAUGUCGCUUUGAUCAUAGUCAUGUACAACAAGUGACUGAAACAUUAUUGAAAAUGGAUAAAUCUUCAGAAGGUUAUCCUCGUAGGCCUAACCCUUUUGUCAUUGAGCCAUGGGAACUUAUUCGAUCACCUGAUUAUAUAAAAGCUGUUAGGUAUCGUCUAUAUAAUGACUUUCCUGAUACCUGGAAGUCCACUGUAAAAGCUGUUCUUGCUGAGAACAAUUUUGAUUAUGCUAAGAGCUUUGCCAAAAUUCGGGAUUUGACGACUAAUAAUUGGUGGAAUUCGAUUUUCAGUGUUUUUAGACGUAAAAUGUGUAAAGAAGUCGAAAAUACUGAACUCGAAGAAGAAGUCCAUCGAAUGCAAAAACAUAGACUAGAAGAACAAUCUAAAGCUGAUUAUGAAGUUGCUAGACAAAUUAAUUUUAUGGAAUAUACAAAAAAUGACCAACUUAUUACCUGUGGUUGUUGUUACGGUGAUUGUCCUUUUGAAGAUUUGGCUAGUUGUAAUGAGGGACAUUUAUUUUGUAAAGAAUGCAUUAAUCAUUUUGUACAAGAAGGAUUAUUUGGUCAAGGGUCAUUAAGAGGGAAACAAGUUAAUUGCAUAGAACCAGGCGGAUGUAACGGCUACUUUACUGAGGAUCAACUUAAAGCAACUUUGUUAUCUGAUGUUUUCAAACAUUAUGUGGAAUCUCUCAUAGAACAUUCUUUAAAACAAGCAAAUUUAUCUCUUGUUCAAUGCCCAUUCUGUUCUUAUUGUGAGAUUGAUGAUGACAGUCCAUUUAAUCAAUUAAAGAUUCCAAAAUCUGCUGUCAUAGCAAUUAGCAUUCCUUUAGCAAUAUUACCAUUUUUUUCAUCCUUUGAAAACAUUAUUAGCGCUUUGAAAGUCGCUACAAUUUUUGUUCUUCCUCAAAUAACAUUAUGGAUGCUUGGUGUAUUUCCUUUACGAACUUUUCUUGAUGAUUUUGAAAAUAUAGUUAAAAAAUGCCAGAAUCCUGAUUGCAGUAAAUCAUCAUGUAUGCUAUGCAAUCGGGAAUGUCGACCUUUUCACAAAUGCUAUGAACAAGAGCAAGACAGCUUGCGACUUUUUGUAGAAAGAGCUAUGGCUGAAGCUGUCAAACGAACGAAAUGCACCAAAUGUGAUUUAUAUAAAACUGAAGAUGAAGACAAGGUUAUCAAGGAAGCUGCUGCAAAAGCGCGAGCAGAAUUCAUUAAAACUCAUCCGGAGGCAAGAGAGGCCAAUCUUUUGCAAAAUGCUGCUAUCGGACCCGUUGAAAAAUUAUUUCGUGAAAUGGUUGAAAAAACGAUUGAAAAGAUUGUUGACUAUUUAAUCCCUUGA